AUGUCAUCGGCUUAUGUGGAUGACACUGUUCUCUAUCGAUGUCUCACCCCCUCGGAUGCCCCCGUGAGCUUCGCUUUCCUUUGCAAGGAUGGCAAGGAAAUGACCCGGAAACCAGCUGUGCCAGGGAAAUUGUCCUUUGACUUUCCUCAUCAUGUGUCUGGGCAGAGUUCGGGCAACUAUUCCUGUGGGUAUCAGCACAAAGGCCUCCAUAACCAAGUGCGGAGUUCUCACCUCAGCAUCACCCGCUACUUGAGCGUCACAGAUAAAACCACCAAUUCCAGCAGUCGUGAUCCAGAGAUGACCUCUCCCCAUGGACUGCAAAUGAUACUUGGAAUUACAAUUCCUACCACUUUGGGUCUGUGCUUGGUUCUGUAUCUAGUAAUAACGAAAGCUGCAUGUCACCGUAAAAACCAAAGGGAACAAAAUGCAAAGGAGAGCACAGACGAAACUGCAGCAGGGAAACUUAUUGAUGCGUCAUCUGCUGGAUGUUCCAAUUACACAGGACCCCGGGGGCAAGACAUGGAUACAAAGACCUAUGAAUCUCUAAACAGCAGAGCACUGGAGAUCUCUACUUAUUCUACACUUCAUCUGCAACAGAAGAGCGAACCUGCUGUCUCUGCAUCUCAGCUCAGUAAGUGA